AUGUUCAAAUGCCUGGAUGAAUCAAAUGUCGAUCUUUCUACUUCCUCAGAAUGGUUAGCCAAAGGAAAUAAUGGCCCCCGAAGUGAAGCAUUAUACUGCCUUCUGCAAGAUAGAAAUUUGUUUUUUGCAAACACGAGGCCGUUAUGCAAUCACUGUAAAAAAAGUAAACAAACUGUUGAUCAUCUGGCCACUCAGUGUGGUAAAAUGCUCAAUAGCGAUUACCUCCGAAGACAUGACGAGGUGGUUAAAUGUGUCCAUCUUCAUAUUUGUCGAAUGUAUGGAAUCAAAAAGAGCAGGAAAUUAAAGACUCAUUCAGUUCAGUCGAUAUUGUCAACUCAAAAUGUAGAAAUUAGAGUUGACACGUCAAUUAUAACAGAAAAUAAAGUCAACUUCAAUAAACCGGAUAUCUUUGUUUAUGACAAGAUUAAAAAGGAAAUAACCUUAAUCGAGGUGGGCAUAACAUCUCAGGACCGCUUAAAACAAGUGGAAGUUGAGAAACUUCACAAAUAUGAUUUCCUUGCAAAUGAACUAUCACUACUCUACGAAUGCCAAGUUAAAAUUAUUCCCGUGGUUCUGACCUGGGAUGGUGUUGUCACAAGAUGCUUCAAAAAUUAUAUGGAUAAACUAUAUAUUGAAAAAUCUACAAUGACAUACAUCCAAUCGGUUGUGCUCAAAAGGACGCUAGAGAGCAUGAUAAUUGAACACAAGCAUGGAAUGAAGAUAACUGGCGAGGAAUAUGCCUCUGCGACCGAUCAACUAGUAGAAAUGGCAUGCCACCAGGACACUCCAUUCAAAGAUAAAAGACGCACAAAAACUGACGCAGAGAUAGAGAAUGAAGAGGAACAAGCAGCAGACUCUUCUCCUAAAAGGAGAAGAGAGACUACCAAUCGGGAUUGA